CCCUCCCCUCCUGACCAGCUCCAUCCCCCACUCGGCUUCUGGAUCCUCAGUCUGAUUUGGAGGAAGGAACCAGUGUCAGAGGGAUUGCCUCAGACCACACUACCUCCACCUGCCCAACUCUGUGGAAGAUUAGCAGCCAUGUUUUCCAGUGCUUUGGGGAAAAGGAAGGUUUGUCUUUUCUCCGUGCUGCUCACUGGCCUCUGGGGCAGCGUAGCCUGUCAAGGGAACCCGGUGGAGGACAUCUGCGUGGCGAAGCCGAGGGACAUUCCCGUAAAUCCCAUGUGCAUUUACCGCUUCCCAGAGAAGAAAGCAACCGAGGAUGAGGGCUCAGAGAAGAAGGUCCCCGAGGCCACCAACCGCCGGGUCUGGGAACUGUCCAAGGCCAAUUCCCGUUUUGCCACCACCUUCUACCAGCACCUGGCAGACUCUAAGAAUGACAACGACAAUAUCUUCCUGUCACCCUUGAGUAUCUCCACAGCUUUUGCUAUGACCAAGCUGGGUGCCUGUAAUGACACGCUCAAGCAGCUGAUGGAGGUUUUUAAGUUUGAUACCAUCUCUGAGAAAACAUCUGAUCAGAUCCACUUCUUCUUUGCCAAACUCAACUGUCGACUCUAUCGAAAAGCCAACAAGUCCUCCAAUUUAGUAUCAGCCAACCGCCUGUUUGGAGACAAAUCCCUGACCUUCAAUGAGACCUACCAGGACAUCAGCGAGGUGGUCUAUGGUGCCAAGCUCCAGCCCCUGGACUUUAAGGAAAAUGCAGAGCCAUCCAGAAAGACCAUCAACAAAUGGGUAGCAAACAAGACGGAAGGCAGGAUCACUGAUGUCAUUCCCAACGGAGCCAUCGACGAAUUCACCAUUCUGGUGCUGGUCAACACCAUUUACUUCAAGGGCCUGUGGAAGUCAAAGUUCAGCCCUGAGAAUACAAGGGAGGAGCUGUUCUACAAGGCUAACGAAGAGACGUGCUCGGCGUCUAUGAUGUACCAGGAAGGCAAGUUCCGGUACCGGCACGUGGCAGAAGGUACCCAGGUGCUGGAGUUGCCCUUCAAGGGUGAUGACAUCACCAUGGUGCUCAUCCUGCCCAGGCCCGAGAAAAGCCUGGCCAAGGUGGAGCAAGAACUCACCCCGGAGGUGCUGCAGGAGUGGCUGGAUGAGCUGGCGGAGACGAUGCUGGUGGUCCACAUGCCCCGCUUCCGCGUGGAGGACGGCUUCAGCCUGAAGGAGCGUCUGCAGGACAUGGGUCUGGUCGACCUGUUCAGUCCUGAGAAGUCCAAACUCCCAGGUAUCGUGGCCGAAGGCCGGGACGACCUGUACGUCUCAGACGCGUUCCACAAGGCGUUUCUCGAGGUAAAUGAGGAAGGCAGCGAGGCAGCAGCGAGUACUGGCAUCGUGAUUGCUGGCCGUUCGCUGAACCCCAACAGGGUGACCUUCAAGGCCAACAGGCCCUUCCUGGUUCUUAUAAGAGAAGUUGCUCUCAACACCAUUAUCUUCAUGGGGAGAGUAGCCAACCCUUGUGUUAACUGAAAUAUUCUUCGCACUUCUUCCUGUUCUGGCUUGUGAACAGAAAUAAAGAUAAAUACAACUGCUCCCAUCUCACAAUUAUGAAUGGACUCAACUAUGUGAAAUAAAGACCAGGGAUGGAAACAGAUGUCAUUGGGGCACUUGCUAAAGUGCUCUCAAGUGUUCUCCACCCAGGGAACACACCUGGCUCAAGAAAGUAACGAGGAAGCGAUGUCACUAUUUCGUCUAGAAAAGUGGCAGACAUCCUGAAGGGAAGAUUGAAUUCCAGGAUUCUGACUAAAAAAAUUCUCCAAAGUGUAAACGAAUAAUCUCUCUACACGCAGACAAGACAGAGAUCAAAUCUGAGUAUUAAACCAUUUAAUUCUCAAA